ACAAAUGACGCCCGUUUUUCCCGAAAACCGAUCGCUUUCCCCCCGCGAUUCUUCCCCGGCAAUUUUCCGAAUUUAGUGCAGUGGCUUGGUGAUUAUUUCCGCACCGAAUGCUUCGGCCGGUUCCUGCCAAUUUCAUUUCGAAAUUUCCACGCGCCUCGUCCCGAUGGCGGCAUGACGUUCGUUAAUAUGUCAAUCGGUAGCACGAAGAGGAGAGACGAAGAUGAAGACAGCGAAAUGCCGCCGCCGCCCGACGGCGGUUGGGGGUGGAUGGUGGUUUUUGGUUCUUUCAUGAUACACGUUGUCACCGACGGCGUCACGUAUUGUUUCGGCAUAUUCUACGACGAAUUUUUGGAUUAUUUUAGGGAAGGACAGGGCUUCACGUCAUUGAUUUUGUCCAUUUUGGUCGGAGUCACACUGUGCUCGGGUCCGUUAUCCAGCUACUUCGUGAACCGGUACGGAUGCCGGGCGGUGACCAUAGCCGGCUCGCUGCUCGGCUCCGCCUGCCUGGUGGCCUCCUUCUGGGCGCAGAACGUCCUCACGCUGUGCCUGACCGUCGGCCUCGGCACCGGCGUCGGCUUCGGCCUCAUCUACCUGCCGGCCAUCGUCAGCGUGACCACCUACUUCGAGAAGAAGCGCUCGCUGGCGACGGGCAUCGCCGUCUGCGGCUCGGGCUUCGGCACCUUCAUCUUCGCCCCGAUCAUCUCGAAGCUGUUGAACGAGUACGGCUGGCGCGGCUCCAUCCUCAUCAUCGGCGGCAUCAUCUUGGAGUGCAUACUGUUCGGGGCGCUGUUCAGGCCGCUGGAGACGGCCGGCGGCGGCUCGCGCAAGAGCGUCAAGGGCAAGGAGCUGAAGCCGUCGGAGGCCGUCGUGGAUUUGCACGUGUCCGAGCGGGACGUGCGCGAACUCACCACCGGUUUAUUACACAACGGCGCCGUCAACGGCAACAUGCACCGGCCCCACAGCGUGGCGCACUUCACCAUCAGCAAGCCGACGCGCGCGGAGGCCAACGGGGCGGCGGCGGCGGCGGCGCCGUCGUCGGAGAAGUUCUCGCAGAGCGAGACCUCCAGGCUGGCGCUGAGCCAGCCGAUGCUGACGCAAUCGGAGGGCCGGUACCGGCACCAGUACCAGUUCGGGAGUCAGGGGUGGAGGCGGCACGGGCCCUUCGACCGGCCCGACGUGCUCUACCAAGGCAGCUUGAUGAACAUACCUUCGUACAGGUCCAAGUUGAGCUUGAGGAAGGGCGAGUACGGGGAGCUGAUGGAGCGCCGAGAUGGCGAAGAGGAGGCGGCGCGGGCGAAAGUGUGCGGGUGCGUUCCGUGCAGCGAAGAGGUUAGGGAAAUGCUGGAUUGUUCGCUAUUCCGCGACGUGAUCUUCCUGUUGUUCUCGUUCAGCAAUCUGCUGACCAGCAUCGGUUUCAACGUGCCGUACGUGUACUUGGUGCCCAAGGCGAGGGGCCUCAAGAUGACGAUCGAACGGGCGGGUAUGCUGAUAUCCAUCAUCGGCGCUUCGAACACCAUCGGCAGGGUCAUACUCGGUUAUAUAUCGGACAAACCGUGGAUCGACAGGUUGUCCAUCUACAAUUGGAGUCUCACCAUAUGCGGGACCGCGACUGUGAUUAGUGCCUUCUGUAGUAGCUUUUACACAUUGGCGAUCUACAGCGCCAUUUUCGGUUUCACCGCCGGCGCCUACGUCGGCCUCACCUCCGUCAUUCUGGUCGAUCUGCUGGGCAUCGAGCGACUGACCAACGCCUUCGGACUGUUGUUGCUCUUCCAAGGGAUCGCCUCGUUGGCCGGGCCCCCUAUAGCAGGUGGUCUCUACGAGAUUACGGAUUCCUACAAUCCAGGGUUCGUGUUAGCAGGAUCUGCGAUAGGCAUGAGUGGUUUAAUUUUAUUCUUAAUUCCUCCGGUACAGAAAUGGCAGGCCAAGAAACUCAAAAAGAAACAAACAAACAUUCAUUUGUAG